AUGGAGAAAGCUAGUCCCAAUGUCGAAAGUCGGACAUUGUUCUAUGAACAGUUGAAUUGCGUACCAGAAAGUAACCCGGAACAAAUAAGAGCUGAGUAUAGAAGGCUGGCACUGCAAUUUCAUCCCGAUAAAACAGCGGCCAACGAACAGGGCAAGUAUAGCAAAGUAUUUGAUUCCAUCCAGAAAGCUUAUAGUAUAUUAAACGAUCCAGCCAGGCGAGCUCUCUACGAUCGUUGGCGGACAAGUCAUUUGCAGAUCCCCUUUGAAGUCUUUGAAGGCCUUGGUACACAUGCUCAAACGCUUCAUUGGCAAACUCUGCCGUCUCAACAAACCAUCACAGCAGCUUCAGAUACUGCCUCCUCAGAAACUCAAAUUAAUCGAUCUAUACCAGUUUCAAAUGACCGUCAAAAGGAAAGAAUUCAAAUACAGUCUGUAUGGAAAACCAAUGAUUCCGAUGCAUUGUAUGAUAAAUUUCGGAACUAUGGACUUUAACGCCAUGUGGAGAGCAAAAGACCAAGGAGUAUGCAUGUCGCAGUUGUUUCUGUGCUAGAAUGUAGAAAUGGCUUUUUGUAAAAGUUUAUAAAGAACAAAGAUAUAAGAGA